AUGAAGAAUAUUAAUUUUAUUGAUAUAAAGCUAAACUAAUCUACCUAAGAGCCAUCCUGCAUAACGUAAGAGAAUUGGGUCGAUUAACUAUUGAACCCUGACUUAAGAAGAAACUUAAACUAAUGUAAUAAUUAAAUUGAAAAAAUUUCUCUAUUUCCAAUAGUGGGAUAUGGGCUAAAAGUUGAGUUUCAUGGUACACAAGAAUUUAGUGUUAAAGUUAGAUCCAUUUCACAAGUGGAAAAAAUAAUUGAUUUAUCGACAAUAGAAUUAGGAAAGCAAUAUUAAACAAGAGACAAGCCAAAUUGUAUACUUCCAUUAUUAAAAAAGGAAGAAAACAAUUCUGAAUUAUUAAAUUGUGAACUAUUUAAGAGGAAGAUGUCCUACUUAAUAACCAAAAACCACCAAUUAUAUGAAUAAAACUCAUAUAUUUAUUUAAUUUAGAGUACAUUGAAAUACCUAAUAAAAUACAAUAAUAAUUAAUAGUGGCAACAAGAAAUGACUUAGGAAAUAUUUGAAGUUUGUGAAUAAGUUUUUAUGAAUUAGGACUUAUAUAUAGAUUCAAUAUAAAAAGAAGCAUUUAAAAAAUCAAAAUUUUAAUUGUUGAAUGUAUUUUGUUUGUUUAAGGAAAAAAAACUUCAACCUGAAGUUAUUUAUUAGGAGUUUAUAUCUCCUAAAUUAUAAAAUAUUGAAAAGUUAUAAUUAAAUGAUGAAGGAUAAAAUGGAUUAGGUAAUUUUUUUGACACACUUAAUUUGAACAACAUAAUAUAAGACUUUGAUGACAUAAAUGGAUGUAUAAUAAGGUAUUUAGAUGAGAAUGAUUAUUUUUAUUUAAGAUUGUUCCACGGAAAAUUUAUAAGCAGUUUAAUUAAAUAUUUCAUUCCAAGCCAAAAAUUUAGUUAAGAAAUGGUUUCUUAAAAAGAUGAAAGGCAUACAAAAUAAAGAAAUUUAAUAAAAAAUUUUGCUUAAUCAGCAAUUUAUAAGUUUUUAUUUAAUAACCUUAUCAAUAAUUAUUAAGAGGAAAAAAAAAAACAGAUUUUUUCAUAACUAAAUAAAAUAAUGGAAAUAUAUGAUUACUAUUCAUUUUUACAAUCUUAAUAGAAAUACGAAGAUUUAACUUUAUACUACAAUUUGAAUAAUUUUUUAAGUAAUUAAGAUACAUAUAAAAAUGGAAUAAUCCAAUUUAUCAAUUAUUUAGCAUAGUAAUUAUUAAAAAAAAUAUCACUCUAUGAAUUAAGAAGAAAAACUUUUGAAAAUUGUGAAUAGUUGAGAAACUCCAGAGAAAUAUUGGAAAAGUAAGGAAUAAUAAGAAAAUUCAUGCAAAUUUUUGGGAUUGAUGGUAAAGAACAGGAUGAACUAAUAAAUUAGAUAUUAGAUACAACAUCAGAAAUAUGUUGGCUAAAUUAUUAAUCAAUAAAAACUAAUUGGCAAAAUGAAGAGGAGAUUAUAAGCUUUUUAAAUAUGAUCAAAUGUUUUCCUUAAAGUUAGAAUUUAAAAAGUAAUUUCAAUCUAUAUCUAAAAUACUUGAAUGAUAUAACUUAAUUUUGUUUUAAAAUAAAGCAUCAAUCCAGGCAGUUCAAGUAUUUUAAUUAAUUUGAAGAAUAUGAAUUAAAUAACACUCUUCCAAAGGAUCAGAAAAAAGCAUGUAUAUUCCUUAAAAUCUUUCAAACUAGUAAGAAUUUAAUUAGAGCGUGA